CGGUGCCGCCCCCCCCGCCCCCGCGGUGUCACCCCGGCCGGACGCUGCUGUGGCCCCGGGACUGACGGAACCUUGUGGGGGGGUCUCUGUCCUCCCGGGGUAUAACGGGCGGUUGGGAAUCCGUCGUUCGUGUCCGUACCGGCACGGCGUGGCGCCCGCACACUCGCCACGGGCGCUGCCCACGUUCCGGGACCGGAGCUGCCCAUGUUCCCACGACCCACAACACGCACACCCGGGUGGGGCCCCGGACCGGCACUACCCGGCACGCACGCCCGGUUUACGCACGGCCUGGGGCCGGCACCGACCGGGGCCCCCCAGCCCCGGGACCGGCACCGACUGGGACCCCACGGCCCCGGGAACGACACCGACCGGGACACCCCAGACCCCGGACCCGCACCGACCGGGACCCCCCCCAGUCCCGGGACCACGCAGGACGGAUGCAGCCGAGUUCCCACAACCCGUGACCGGCAUUGCCCACGUUCCCUUGUCCCCGAACAUUCCCCCGCGGGGACCCCGUGCCCGGCACCGACCGGGACCGGCGCUGCCCACGUUCCCCCGGCCCCGCACAUCCCGCCCCCCCGGGGGACUCCGGCGCCGCCCCCCGGUGCUGCCGUCCCCGGUUAAGCCGAUUACCGGCUGCUCCGGGCAAAUCCGUGCUCAUUAACCCCAGAUCGGAGCCUCCCGGGGGGGACUCGAGGGGGCUCCGCACCCCUUCCCACCACCGACCACCCCCCGAACCCCCCACCCAUGGCCGCCUUAUUCACCGGGAAGGUCCUGCUGGCCAACCGGGAGCGGGACGAGCUGGACACGGAGCGGGAGCUGCAGCGGGCGCUGGACAACAAGGUGCUGCUGCUGUUCUUCGGGUCGGCGCGGUGCCCGCGCUGCCGCCGCUUCGCCCCGCUGCUCCGCGACUUCUUCCUCCGCCUCACCGACCAGUUCUACGUGGAACGGGCGGCCCAGCUGGGCCUGGUCUAUGUGUCCCGGGACGACACGGAGGAGCAGCAGAGCCGCUUCCUCAGGACCAUGCCCAAGCGCUGGCUGGCGCUGCCCUUCGGGGACGCCUUCAACAGGGAGCUGGAGCUGCGCUUCGCCGUGUCCGAGCUGCCGGCCGUGGUGGUGCUGAAACCCAACGGGGACGUGAUCGCCGAAAACGCCGUGGACGAGAUCCGGAUCGCGGGUCCCGCGUGCUUCCGAAACUGGCAGGAGGCGGCCGAGCUGGUGGAUCGGAACUUCCUGCUGGCCGAGGAUCAAGAGGGAUGGAGCAGGAGGAGCCUCACCGACCCCCUGCGCCGCAUCAAGUACAAGGAGACGAAGCAAGACGAGGAAGAGGAGGACGAUGAGGCGUCGUAGGCGCUCGGGGGGUGGUCUCCGCACACCAACGUGUGUCUGCGUUGUGUAAUUCCGCUAAAAACCUCGUUAGUUUUCCAACGGGUGAAUUGUUUUACGUUCUACUCCCACGCGCGGGUUUCGGGUCUGGAGGCUGCGGUGGAUAAUGAGGAUCUUCCCAUCCUGAGCAAGUUACGUUCGCAUUUUAUCUCCGUAGUGUCAUAAAACCUCACGGUUGUUGUUUCUUUACCAAAAAGCGAGUAGAAAAAUAACCUAUAGAGACUGUUGUUUGGUAAGUGACUUGCAAAACAGCUUUAAAAAUGGGGAUUGUGGUAAAAAACCCCAUGGAAGGUGCUGUAGGGCUACAGAGCAGCUGUGACAAUGACAACAGGGACAGAGACCCUAUGAGAAGCCGGUCAAGGGGCCGGACACUAAGCCCUGAGACAUUUCUCAUGUUAUGCUGCCAAAAAUGCCCAUUUUGGACAAAAAUCUCAUUUACGGAUCCUGCCGCGCUCACCCUGUGCUCCCCAUAACCAAGGGGAUGGGAAAAGUGGGGAAAAUUGGGGAAAAGGACCAAUAAUUGGCUAUUCUUUGGUCCCCCACAUUCCGUGCUGUCUCACCAGGGGAUGAGCGGAGGAUCCAUGCAGGAUCUACACAUUGAGGACAGACAGAGCUGUCUGUCCGGCUUGUUCGACUUGUUUUCUCCCUUAAUCCUCCUGUAUUCACCCGGUAAGUCCAACAGGUAGAGGAGGGAAGGAGGAGGGACACAAACAGCAGAAUAACCCAUCAGGAUGCUCCAAGCACAUGGACACCGCGCAAAAUGCCACGAAUCAAACCCAAAAGCACCUUCGGGUGGCGCAGCGGCCGGAGGAGCGGUCGCUAACGAGGCAAUAUCGCAUUUUGAGAUGAUAUUACCUUUCCGUGGUGCAACGGCAGCGGUCGGCACAGCCGCGUUUAAUAAAAUAAGCCAGAAAUCACAAAUUUGGAGCGAUGGGAGGGAGGGAAAAGGCGACAUUGUCACCCGUCAUGAACUGUUGGCCGGGUGCUGCUUCUCCCCACGGAACUUCGAUGCUCGAUAGAAGGAAACUCUCCACCUGUAUUUAUGUCGUUGAUUAUUAAUCGUGGACUUUUACCAGCCUUACCUUUAUUUUGUUUUGGUUUUAACCAUCAUAUUCUUCUCCGUUCGAAACUCUUUCCUUACGAUUAAUAAAGCUAAUUAAGGAGC